GAUCUUCUUCUGGAUCUUCUUCUGGAUCUUGCUCUGGAUCUUCUUCUGGAUCUUGCUCUGGAUCUCCCUCGGAUCUCCCUCAGAUCUCCCUCCUGCCCGUCACCCGCACCGCCAUGUCUGCCAAGAUCCACCUCACCUCCCAGGACUCGGUCUCGUUCACGGUCGAUCGCCAGGUCGCCGAGCGCUCCAUGCUGCUCAAGAACAUGCUCGACGACAUUGGCGAGUCCGACACCCCCAUCCCUCUUCCGAACGUGAGCGGCAAGAUUCUCGACAAGGUGAUCAGCUACUGUGAGCACCACAAGGAGGACCCCCCGGUCGUCCACGACGAAGAGCGCGAUGCCUACGAUCCCGCCAAGAAGCGAGUCGAUGACACCGACGAGUGGGACUCGACCUUUAUCCAGGUGGACAACGACCAGCUCUUUGAGAUCAUCUUGGCUGCCAACUACCUCGACAUCAAGCCUCUGCUGGACCUGGGCUGCAAAACCGUUGCCAACAUGAUCCGCGGAAAGACUCCCGAGCAGAUCCGCGAAAUGUUCAACAUCGAGAACGAUCUCACCCCCGAGGAGGAGGAGCAGAUUCGACGAGAGAACGAGUGGGCUGCCGACUCGUAAAUCCAAGUCGUCGCUGCUCGUCUCCCUCAGCCUCUCCGGGUCCUGCAUUCCCAGCGCGGGAUUCCCAGUCCCGCAUCCUUGAUACCGGAGUCUCGUUCGUGCACCCUUGAUCCCCCAAAUCCUCAAGCUCGGCAUUUCCUCCUCCCUUUCUCUCCUUCCUAUCAUGUCAACGCUUUUCGAACCCGUUUCCAUCCGCCCUCCCCGGCCUAUGCUUGCGUGUAUUUUGCUCCGUCUUCUCGGGCCAGGUGGGUCCGCCUGGCCGCCAUCCCUGCAGUCGCUGUGGUUCGGCUUUGGCCCGCGUCCAAUACUACUCCUCCGUGGCUGCACCAA